AUGGUUACCACUGCUCCUUUAUACUCAGGGUCAAAUGCAGAGGACACAUUUUCCCACUCAGAUCAGUCCAGGCUGAGGACAAACAGAUGGAAGGGGAGGCCAUGUAUCGACUGGGACUGGCCUAUCAGAGCGCAGGAGACCACCACACCGCCAAACAGGUAUUACUUGAAGGCCUACACACAGGUGUGCUCAGCUCUGCAGGAUGGACCAGGCCUGGCUCUGGCCUACACAGCUGUGUCUAAGUCCUUCCAGAGUCAGGGGAAAACAGAUGAGUCGAUCCAGUGUCUGCAGACGUUAAAGGACAUCUGCUUCAGGAACAGCAUGCCGCUCAUCCUGUUGGACGUCUGCAUGUGUCUGGGUGAUAUCUACUACAGCAGGAAUCAGUUGGAACAGGCUGUGGAACACUACCUACAGAGUUAUCAGAUAGUCACUGAACUGAGACACACUGAACUCAUGCACAAAACACAGGUGUUAGUGGGAAUCGCUCGUGCUCGCCUCCUGAUCCCAGAGUUCAGCACUAACGUACUGUCGACCUCACCCAGCGCUGUGCAGCAGCUGAUGACCUGGAAGGAGACCAGACAAUGGAAGGGUCCAUGUGCACACCCUGAAGAACACACAGCAGACGCACAACACUGGCUCCAACCCUGA